AGCUACUAAAAGAUACAAAACAAAUGAAAACUUCUUUUAAAAGAUGGAAAAAUCAAGCAAUCAACGUAUGACUCUUCUUCCAAGAACCACCGCAGACGGUGCCGAAGUCAGCCACGGCAGCCCCCCUAAUCCCAUGCAACCUCAAGGCUUUCAAUUAGAGCUCUCCUCCUCUUCUCCUUCAUGGGGUAAGCAUGUUGACAACAACAUCACCUAUACCCCCAUUUCCACUUCUCUCAAGAAGAGCAAAGUAGGUUGGUAAUUAAAAUCACAUUUUCCAUGAGAAAUUCAUUCCCUUUAUUCUUCUUCCAAUUAGUUUAACUUGUUUUUAAGUAUGUACAUAUGUUGGUAUAUAUGGAAUUAAAUGUCAGAAGAAAGCGAUGAAGAAUUGUUCACGGUUCCGGACGUGGAAGCCCAACCUCCAAAUACCAAUAAUUCAACAAUCACUACCACCAACAUUUCCGAUGCCCGAAACCAGCCUGAAUUUCCCGGCAAGCGUCGCCGGGGACGCAACCCCGUAGAUAAGGAGUAUAAAAGGCUAAAGAGGUA